AUGACCAGCAUGGCCUCCUACGAAGUGCUCACCAGUGCUCCCUCCUCGGUGUUGGACGGCUGGAGCGUGGUGGAAAACGAAGGUGGAACUGCCGUGAACGCGACCAGCGAUCGCUUGCAGGCAGAGGUGGCCUUAGAUCACCCCGUGGUGGCCUUCGAUGCGAGCGAACUCCGUGCCGUGCUCUCGGUGGUGGCACCAAAGGAGCAAAGCGACCAGCGGGCCCCUUUGCAUUUGGUAGCAGUGCUGGACAAGAGUGGCAGCAUGCAUGGUGAGAAGCUCCGCCUGGUGAAGCAGACCAUGAUUUUCAUGCUCCGCUACUUGUCCGAGAAGGACUCCUUAGGUCUGGUAGAGUACGGCAGCGAGGUCCACGUCACCUGCCCGCUGACCCGCUGCGAUGCCGAGGGCCGCGAGCGGCUGAAGAUGGCAGUGGAGAAGAUCCAGAUCAGUGGUCAGACCAACUUGUCCGGAGGCCUUCUGAAAGGUUUGGAGCUUCACAAAGAGACACCACGUGGCACCACCCCGGAGCAAACCGUGCAGGUGGGCAACCUCUACCGCCGCCUCCCGGAUGACGAGGCCGCCGAGCGCUCGGCCAAGGGGGAGCACUAUGGACGCAUUGAAGAGCCGCCCACGGGGUGCCCCAGGGUUCAUGAGUGGACUGCAGCCGUUCGCUUUAACAGGCCUGAAGAAGAGGCUUUGGUUCAGAAGGUGAUUUUUGAGCUCCACGAAACCUUCCGUGAUCCGGUGGUCGAGGUCCAGCAGCCGCCCUUCCAGCUCACACGCCUGGGCUGGGGCACCUUUGAGGUGAAGAUCACCUUGCACAUGAAGGAUGGACGUGAGUUCAAGGUCGCCCGGGGCCUCCUCCUCUUCUGGAGGGUUCUUCCCUGGUGCAGCUUCCACUGCUGCUUCCGCGGCCUCCUCUGUGGGGCUGGGGAGCUUCUGGAAUCUUGCACGGCUUCAUUUGCAGAGAGGGCUGAGGAGAUGCGAGAGGACAGGGCCAGUUUGGGGGCUGGGAAUCCGGAUGUGGUGGUGCGCUCCACCUUCCUCUUCACCGAUGGUCAUGCAAACUGUGGGAUCACGGAGAGCGAUGCCCUUUGCGCUGCCACCACUGCCAUGCUGAAUGAGUUGAGCAGCUGCAAGAGUACCAUUUCCACCUUCGGCUUUGGCCAGGACCAUCGUGCUGAGGUGUUGCAACGCAUUGCCGACGCAGGCGAGGGCAGCUAUAGCCAUGUGCAGUCCGAGGAUCAGAUCGCGGAGUGCUUCGGGGAAGCUUUGGGAGGCUUGCUGUCCACCACACAUCAGAACGUCUCAUUGAAGCUGGAGCUGGCACCGGGUGUCCAAUUCGAUCGAGCCUUCACCUCCUUCCCAGUGGAGCCCAUAGAGAACGGUGUGAAAGUGGAGCUGGGGGAUCUUUUCGCUGAGGAGAGGCGCGACGUCUUGAUUUCCUUGCGCCUGCCGGCAGCACAGAACGAGGCCUUGCAGGCCUUGGGCCGGGUGACAGCUUCAGGCUUCUCGGUGUUGCAGAAGCGCAGCGAGCACGAGCUGAAGCCACUGAUGCUGGAGCGCCGUGCCCAGGUGCCAGUGUCUCCUGGCCAUCCUCAGGUGGAGCGCCACUGGAACCGACAUUUGACCCACGACGCGCUGGAGCGCGGGCGCGCGGCGGCGGACCGUGACCACAUGGAGGAGGCCAAGCAGAUCCUGGAUGAGGCGAUCGAGGCUUUGGGCAAGUCCCAGCUGGUCAUCGAUGGGGACUGCACCUCCGUGACACUCCUGGGCGAUUUGCACGACUGCCGUGCAGAUUUGUCGACCCGUGAGCAGUAUGUUGCACUUGGCUCGAAGAAGAUGGCGAUGUGCCACCAGAUGCACUCCAAGCAACGUCAAUCCCCUGGUUCUGAGGCUUUUGUGUAUGCCAACUUCAGCAUGCAGAGGACCGAGGCUGCCUUCAAGAUGGGCAUUGCAUGA